AUGGACGCCACGGAGAGCAGCAAGCUAAGCGAUGGAAUCGACGCGCCAUUGUGGAUGUUUUGGAAGCGACGCCGGUACGUGGUGGUGUUUAUGGCGUUCUUUGGCUUCUUUAACGUUUACUCGCUGCGCGUCAACCUGAGCGUGGCCAUCGUGGCGAUGACGGAGAACCGGACCGUCGAGUAUCCGAAUGGAACCAUCGGUUACGAGCAAGAGUUUGACUGGGACUCCACCACCAAAGGCUACAUCCUGAGUUCGUUCUUCUACGGCUACAUCUUCACGCAGCUCCUGGGUGGCUACAUCUCCAACGCGCUCGGAGGCAACUACGUGUUCGGGGUUGGCGUUGGUGUGACGGCCGCACUGACCCUGCUGACCCCGCUGGCAGCCCACGGGGGCUUCGGCUGGUUGAUUGCGGUCCGCGCCCUGGAGGGGUUCUUCGAAGGAGUCACCUUCCCCUGCAUCCACGCGAUCUGGUCCAAAUGGGCCCCACCGAGCGAGCGAUCCCGGAUGGCAUCGAUCACCUUCUCCGGCGUGUUCACCGGGACCGUCGCAUCGAUGCUGCUGAGUGGAGUCCUUGCGGACACGGUCGGUUGGGAGAGUGUCUUCUACAUUCUCGGUGGCUUCGGGUGCGUCUGGUUCGUCGCCUGGAUGCUGAUCGUGAAGAAGUCACCCGAAACCGAUCCGCACAUCACGCCGAAGGAGAAGGAAUUCAUCCUGGCAACGAUGCAGCGUUCGGGGAGCUCAGCCAGCGAGCGGAUCGUUCAUCCCUGGCGUGGUAUCCUUACGUCCACCGCCGUCUGGGCGCUGGUAGUGGCAAGCUUCGCGGAGAACUGGGGCUUCUACACGCUCCUGACCGAGCUGCCGACGUUUCUGAAAGAUACGAUGCACUUUGAGCUGCAAACGGCCGGCUUCCUGUCGGCGCUGCCCUACCUGGUGCUCGGGCUCCUGCUCAGCUUCGCAGGAUAUCUGGCCGAUCUGUGCCAGAUCCGCGGGUGGCUCACGACGACCCAGGUCCGGCGGUACUUCAACUGCGGAGCGUUCCUCGGCCAGACCGUCUUCAUGCUGAUCGGGGCGCUGGUCCUGCGGCCCGGCCCGACCAUCGCCUGCAUCACGAUCGCCGUCGGCGGGGGCGCUUUCGCCUGGUGCGGGUUCGCCGUCAACCACCUGGACCUUUCGCCCGCCAGCGCCGGCGUGCUGAUGGGAAUUUCCAACACGUUUUCGACCGUCGCCGGCAUUCUCACGCCCAUCGUCUCCGGCCAGCUCACCGCCGGCGGCACCGAGAACGAGUGGCGCACGGUUUUCUUCAUCGCGGCCGGCAUCUACCUGGUCGGUUGCGUCACGUACUGGUUCGGGGCCUCCGGCGAACUGCAGCCGUGGUCGGUCGAGGCGCGGGCGAAAGAACAAACCAGCCACGAGCCGGCACCCCACGUCCCGGCCGGGAUGGCGCUGGAACCGAAGUCGCAUAAACCGUAA